AUGGCGACGCGGCGAGGCGAGGCGUAUGGCCGGGCCUGGGCCGGGGCCGUCGAUACGAACCCCGCCGGCUACCCCCUGCGCUGCGAUCCAGGGGUGCCUCCCCCGCGCAUGGGGCGCAUCCAGCACAGUGGCUCUCGCUCGCAUUUUUUUCACUGUCUAUUGGGAAUAGGACUCUUGUCAACCUUCCUUAAAUAUGCCCCUGACAUCAUAAAACCCCCUGACUGUGUCUCAGGAUUGCGCUCUUGGCUUGCAGGGUCGUGCUGUGGCACGCUGUCCAGCCUGAAGGCGCACACUCUGGGCAGUAUCGUCAUCAAAGAGGCCCUGGCGAGGGCCCGGGUGCAGCCGGAGGAGGUUUCCGAAGUCAUCCUCGGACAGGUGCUGACGGCCGGGCAGGGCCAGAACCCAGCAAGGCAGGCUGCCAUAAUGGCGGGCAUCCCGUACACCAUCCCUGCCUACCUCGUCAACAUGCUGUGCGGCUCGGGACUCAAGGCGGUGCAGCUGGGAUGCCAGGCGAUCAAGAGCCGGGAGUCGGAGGUGGUGGUGUGCGGAGGCCAGGAGUCCAUGAGCCAGGCGCACCACUCGAUGCACCUGCGCAGCGGCGUGAAGCUCGGAGACGCCCUCUUCACCGACACCAUCACCGUGGACGGCCUCACCGACGCCUUCAACAACAUCCACAUGGGCGAGACCGCUGAGAACAUAGCGAAGCAGUUCAACAUCUCACGCGAGGAGCAGGACAGAUACGCGCUCGAGUCCCAGGCCAGGACCAAGCGGGCGCAGGACGAGAGUCGCUUCGCGAAGGAGAUGAUCCCCGUCACGACGAAAGUGAGGAAGGAAACGGCAGUGGUGGACCGCGACGAGUUCCCACGGCCCAACUCCACUCUGGAAGACCUGGGCAAGCUGAGACCAGCCUUCCUCAAGAACGGGGGGACGGUGACAGCGGGCAACGCGUCCGGCAUAAACGACGGGGCGGCGGCCCUGGUGCUGAUGACGGAGGGAGCGGCCCGCUCCAGGGGACUGGCGCCCCUCGCGAGGAUAGUGUCCUCUGCGCAGGUGGGGGUCGACCCCACCAUCAUGGGCACCGGCCCCAUCCCUGCAGUCACCGCAGCCUUGCAGAGAGCCGGCUGGGACAAGGAUGACGUAGACUUGUUCGAACUGAACGAGGCAUUUGCGGCACAAGCCUUGGCCGUUGUCAGGGGACUGGGGGUGAACCCGGCCAAGGUCAACGUCAAUGGAGGAGCGAUAUCUCUAGGUCACCCCAUUGGUGCAUCAGGCGCUCGCAUCCUGGUGACGCUACUGUACGCUCUGGAGCGGACGGGCGGCCGCAAGGGCGUGGCGUCCCUCUGCGUGGGCGGCGGCAUGGGCAUUGCCCUCUGCGUGGAGCGUGUCUGAGCGUGCGCACGCGAGUCUCGAGGCACAGCUCAGAGCACGCUGCGCCGUCUUCCCUUGUGGACGCUCAACCCUGGCCGGAAUGCUAGGGAAGCUCUGUUCUCUUCUGUCAUAUCCGUUGGCCAUAAAGGAAGGUUUCUACACCACAUAGUCAGGCAGAGAAAAGCUAAAGUUAAUGGGAUCUCAAGGAUUAUAGCAGACUUUGAACCACUUACGUACUGACUCAGCACUCAUAAAUUAGUAAUAGUAAUCAUUCUGGUUUUGUGGCGGCUUGGGAUUGAAUCUUUCAUCCUUCACCGAAACAAAUGCUUGAACGAUCAAGGCUUAAACAAUAAUUUUUUCCUUUUGUGAAUUAAUUUUAAUAAAUUUUGCUGUGAAUUUUAUCUCUUUUAGCAAGCAAAUAUUCAAAAAAUUAAAUAAUUUUUUUCAAUUAAAAUUUUGAUUUUAUGAAUAUAACAUAUUAAAAAUGAAAAAUAAUAAUAAUAAUAAUAAUAAUAAUAAUAAUAAUAAUAAUUCUACUUGUUUGACCAUAAGCUCUGUCCCUUCAAAUGCACAACUCCUUACUUGCCAAACAAAAAAAAAUUUUUUUAACAGUUGUGCAACAUAGAUUUCCCUGUUUUUCAUGUUUAUUUUCUUUAAAGUAUACAAUAUAAAAUAUCAGUUGUAUGUAUUGGUUCUGCCCUGUGCCUCAAAACUUCUUUGCCUUAGAAACAGUACUUACUAUGCACAAUUUCUCUCUUAUGUUUGGUAGAACAGUAUUUUUUCUCAGUGUAUGUAUUUUUAUAAAUUUAUGUUUGGUGUAAGUUUUUGUAUAAUUGUCAAUUUAUAAAUAACAGCAUUCCUUUUUUGUGUUUAGCAUUGUUACUGCUUGUGCAUUGGUGUGUUUAGGCUUGGUACGUGUAUAUGUAUUGCUUACCAAAAUAUGUUUUAUGUACCAUAGUUAGAAGUUUAUCAUUCCAGUAUUAUUUUCAUGAAAUAUGUCUAUUUAUAUACCAAAAGACUAAGCAUGCCUGAUAAUAUAAACAUAUCAGGUAUAGGUGGGUGGACUGAUAACAAAAAGAAUUGAUUAUGAACUGCAGUUACAGAUUAUUUACCUAAUCAGAAGCCACCAUUGGUUGCGGGAAGUGAAAUGAGAUUUGUCUGGGGGGAAGGGGUUUUGGAGGUUCUCACCCAAGAACAUUUUAGAUCUUGUUUGUGAAAAUGUGGCCAUUUCGUGUAAAUCAUGUUCAUAAAAUAAUCAUAUUGUAUCGGUAUUAAUUGGACAAAUUUAUUUAAAGCAUAGUUAAUGGGAGCUUAGAACUAAAAUUAUUCACAACAAUAAAAAGAGUGUUCUUAAUGUGAUGACCAAAACAGAGUUUUGUCUUACCAAAUGUAGGAAACAUAAUUCAUGUCUUAAAAAAAGUGUUUGGUAAACAUUAAAUAUUAAAAUUUUAACAAAUAUAAAACUUAGAAAGCAUCUGGAAAACAUAAAAAGGUAAACUUUCAAUUCAAGAUGUUAAUUUGGACAUAUGCCUUUGCUGGUUACACUGACAUUCAAAUGUAAACUUUAAAGAUAUAAUGAAAAGAAAAAUGAAGAUGAAAAUUACAAAAACGAUGAUAAUGCAAAUACACAAAACUUUCCAUGGAAGGAACUAGUCACAAUAUUGUUACAGCACAGACUGACAGUGGGCUAAAACGAUGAGACAGUAGCAACAAGAACAGUAAUUAAAGACAGAAACGACCUUGGACAAUACAGUGACAAACAGACAAACCCAACAAUGAUACUAAACUGCAUGGGCGUCGCAACCGGGGGGGACACGUCCCCCCCAAUAAUAAAAGUCUUCAAUUUCGUCCCCUCCAAUAAUAUAUUUAGUUUCUUAGUUAUAUUAAAAAUAUAAUUUUUGUGAUAUAACCCAUAUGUUGCGCAUGGUGCAUUUAGUCCAAUCAUAGUAAUGUGAGCACUGUUUUUUUACAAAUUUGUUCUCUGAAAAUAUUUUUUAUAAAAAAUUAAUUAUAUAUUGCAACCCACUAUAAUUAGAAUAUUUAGGAAAGAAAAAUGUCUAAAAACUACCUUUUGGCACCUUCAAACCCCAAAUUUUCCCGGGGGAGGGCCCGUGGACCCCCCGCUUUUUUUCCAGGGGAUGGAUAUUCCUCAACAACUAAAUGAAUUGCAGUCCCCCCCAAAAAAUAUAUCCUUGCGACGCCCAUGCUAAACUGAUAAUGUUGACAACACAAUGACAAAUCAGAGACGCACAGGUGAACCCAGCAGUGUGACAAAACAGAAAACAGAUAUUCUAGACACCACACUACAGCACAGAUGAACACAGCUGGCUUCCUAAGACAAUAGUUUCGACGUUUUGGGAAUUGAGAUCUGUUUCCGUCCUCUGGCACAAACAGAAGGCAGCUAGGUAAUCUCAGACUUCAAAAUUUCAGGAAGGGAGUACAGGGAAAUCUCAUUACAUUUCUAAAAAAAAAAAGUACAAUAUUGGUACCUAAUAUUGAAAGAAUAUACUUUGCACUGAAAUGUUACUAAAUAUUGUACAUCUUGCAGGUAUCUGAAAAUAUCCUGUUUCAAAGUGGAAAGUCCUUCAAACUUUUUAAGGUGCUUUGUAAUGAGGUAGCACUGUAGAUUUUUUCUUUCUCAUUAGAGCUAUUAUCAAAGAGAAGGUCCUGAAUGUAAGAUUUAGUUUCAUUUCAAUUUCUCCAUUCCAGAAUUGUAAAUGGCUAUCUGAUUUCUUAUGUUGUUAAAAUAAAUAUUAGUGUAAUAGUUUGAUACAGUGUAUUUUUAAUUACCAAUCAGAAUAUAAUUUAACUUUCACAUUUAUUAUACUUGCUUCAAUGUUGAUCAUAUAAUAUUAUAUGAUUAAGAUAUAUUAUAGUUUUUAUGGGCUUUAAAUAUUUAAAAAAGAUUUUUAGUUUUUUUUUUCUUUUCUUGAAUAGAAUAUUAAAUUAUUGACUGGUUCAAAGAAAUUUUAUGUUCAAAUAAAGGAAUAGAAGUUAACUCCUACUUAAAUAAUAUCUAUUCUACUUUUUCAUGGUUAAGUAUUAUGUUACUGUCUAUUUCUUCAUUAUUUUUGUAUUUUAUAAGAUAAGCUCAAUAAAAUGUCAGUAUGAAGUUGUCUAACCAUCAGAUUUGUUUAUGAUAUGAAAAUAUUUUUAUAAGUACUAAAAGUAUUACUACUGCAUGUUAUUUUUUGUGUAGUUUUUAACUUAUUAAAUUUUUGAAAACCAAUAUAAAUGUGUCCAUUCUUUAAUGUUAGGUGUGUGAGCUAUAUUAUAUGAAAGAUGGGGAAUAAUAAUUAUAUUUGUAUUUGUAUAGGUAAUUUUGUAUGCAAGAUUUGUCAGAAAAAGUUUUUCAUUAUCAUGUGGAUCAGCAUCAAUAUGAGAUGUUGCCAAAAUUUUGAUUGGCUUCAAUCUAAUGAAAACUCACCAGUUUAAACUUUACACUGUUGAUGGCAAUGCAAGAAACCCCUCUUGCCCUCUCUCAUUAAUAAUCUUAUUUUUAAUUUAAUUAAACAAAUUGAAUGUAGUAAUACCAAAAGUGUAUAUUUUAUGUUGUCUAUUAAAAUUUAUUUGACAAGCUA